AAAAGAGGAGGAGGAAGUCGUUAUCGUUAGAGGCGGUGGGGGGAGGAGGAGGCUAAUCUGGGGGGCCGAAUCGCUCGCGCUCGACCUCGCCGCCGGCCCGAAUCCGGCCAGGAGGGCGACGCCGCUACUGGCCGGAGCUAGGGGUGGUGGUGGUUGGUCGAGCGGGCGGGCGGCAGGCAGGCACACACCCGUCCUCACCCUCCCCGCCGGGGAGGCAUGGCCGGCGCCAUGGUGGACCGGGCGACCAGCGACAUGCUCAUCGGGCCCGACUGGGCGAAGAACAUGGAGAUCUGCGACAUCUGCAACCGCGACCCCGGGCAAUCAAAAGAUGUUGUGAAAGCACUCAAGAAAAGAAUUGGACACAAAAAUCCGAAAGUUCAGCUUCUUGCGCUAACUCUCUUGGAAACUGCAAUCAAGAACUGUGGGGAUAUAUUCCACAUGCAUGUUGCAGAAAGAGACGUGUUGCAUGAGAUGGUGAAGAUAGUGAAGAAAAAGUCUGAUCAGCAAGUCAAAGAGAAGGUGUUAGUAAUGAUAGAUACAUGGCAAGAGGCAUUUGGAGGACCACGUGCAAGAUAUCCACAAUACUAUGCAGCGUACCAUGACUUGGUGCGUGCUGGCGCUGCAUUCCCCAAGAGAUCAGAACGACCUGCACCAUUGUUAAACGGCCAGGCUCAAGCAGGCAGAAAUGUGCGUAGUCCUGAUCAACAGGAUGAAGCUGAAUCUUCUGCUGUAAAUGACUUUCCUGCGUUGAGCAUGUCAGAGAUUCAGAAUGCUCGUGGUAUAAUGGAUGUUUUAGCCGAGAUGCUGAAUGCUUUAGACCCUGGAAACAGAGAGGGACUAAGGCAGGAGGUAAUUGUGGAGCUUGUUGAUCAGUGCCGCACCUACAAGCAGAGAGUGGUACAAGUAGUUAAUGGUACAACGGAUGAGGAACUUAUGUCACAAGGGCUUGCACUAAAUGAUGACUUGCAACGUGUUCUAGCAAAGCACGAUGCAAUUGCUGCAGGCAUUGCAGUUCGAGUGGAGAAAAAACCCAAGUCUCUGCAAGCACUUGUAGACACGGAGGAUUCCAUGAACCAAGACUCUAAGAAAGAGCAGGCACUUGUAGAUAUUGAGGAUCCUACAACCCAAGACUCUAAUAAAGAACUAAACCAAAGUGUGGGUGAGCAGUCACCAUUUGAGCAACUAGCGCUUCCAGCACCUCCAAUGUCGAAUGGCUCAGCAACACCAGCACCAAAAUCUGAUCCUGGUGAUCUUCUUAGUUGGGAUGACAACCCAUCUACAGCAGAAAAUUCACUAGCGCUUGUACCAGUCACUGAUCCAGUGAUUGACUCUACUUCAAGUCAAAAUGCACUAGCUAUCGUUGACAUAUUUUCUCAAAACAACACCAACAACAGUGCCAAACCAGCUGACCCCUUUGGUGUCAAUUCAAGUUCCACUCUUCCUGGAUCACAGCCAUACAAUGCUCCAACCCAGCAUCCUCUGCAAGCACAGCAGCCUCAGCCAGUGGGGCUCUAUCCUAAUGGGGGAGCUGUGAACCCUGGAACAUCUUACGACCAGUCAUCCCAGUUUAAUCACACAAAUCCUGGGUGGAAUGGUCAAAUUGCGAACCAUGCAACACCUCCAGCACAGCAAACAGUGAAUUAUGAUGAUCAAAGUGGAGCCCUUCCACCACCUCCUUGGGAAGCCCAGUCAGUUGCAAGCAGCGACAUGUCAAAUGGCCAAUUGGGAGGCAUGCAUUCUCACCCGGUGUCAAAUGGCCAGUUCGGAGGUAUGCCAUCUCUCCCUACGCCACCACCAAACCAGAUCGGUGGGAUGCAGUCACUGCACCCGCAGAUGAACCAUAUGGGAGCUCCACAGGCCCAGCCAAUGUACAACCACCAACCGGGAGCGAUGCUACCUCCAGCCAUGCAACCCAGCCAACCGGCUGUAACACAGAUGCAACCAGGCUAUGGAAACCAGUUUGGUUCUCUGCCACAGCAGCCCAUGCCAGGGAUGCAAUUCGCCGGAAUGCAACCUUCGCCAAUGCUCCCAGGAGCACAGCCAGUCAUGAUGUAUGGACAGACGAUGCCAGGUCUACAGUUCGCAGUCAUGCCGCAACCACGAAUGUAUGGUCCCCAGAUGUCCCAAUACCGGCUUGUGCAGCAGCAAGCUGCACAAUACUACAGCAACAGCCAGGCGAGGCCAACAUACUACUCUGCUAUGAAUGACCUCUCCCAGAAAAUGUAUGGCCUUUCCACGCAAGACAACUACAUGGGGAUGAACAGCUCGUCCUACUCGACAACACCUUCAUCAUCAUCUUCCAUGGGGCAACCUAUAAAGACAUCCAAGCCUGAGGACAAGCUGUUUGGAGAUCUUCUUAGCAUUGCCAAGACAAAGCAGAACAAAGCUUAACAAAAGCGUCAGUCGAUUGAGUAAAAAUUGUUUGAGAGAGGUCGAGUAUCUCGUGUAAUUGUCACACAUUUUUUUCCCCACGUGGCUGUGAUCAUACAUACGCUUGUAGCAUUUGAAUGUACGUAUAAUCUUGUUCCGGUUUUUUGUA